AUGGCUUCUGACUCUCCUCCCGGUAACACCAACGACGGUCCUUCCUCUCCCGACGAGAACGCUUCAAGCCCUAUUGGCAACACCUACUCUUCCCCCGCCGCAAACCGCCGUCGCCGUCGAGGAAGAUCAUCUUCCCCGACGCAAUUUGCCACCCCUCCACCGCCUUCACGCCUCGGAGCCUCAAACUCAACUCCUCCUACAUCUCGUCCUUCCGCCGCCAGAUCCAACGGAAGAAAUGGACGCGGCGGCGGCCCAGCGACACCGUCGUAUACUGACGACAUUCCGCCCUCUUCCGGCGGUGAAGACGACGGCGCCGACGAUACUACUCCGACUUUCGUCUGGGGAACCAACAUCAGUGUGCAGGACGUUAAAUCGGCGAUUGAGAUGUUCGUGAAGCAUUUCAGAGAAGCGAAAGAGAACAGUGAAGAUUUGUUCAGAGAAGGAAAGUAUAUGGCUUCGAUACGCAAAGUGAUUGAAAUUGAAGGAGAAUGGAUCGACAUUGACGCAUUUGAUGUGUUCGACUACGAUCCUGAUCUGUACAACAAAAUGGUUCGGUAUCCACUGGAAGUUCUCGCCAUUUUCGAUAUCGUGCUGAUGGAUAUUGUUUCCACGAUCGACUCUUUGUUCGAGAAACAUGUUCAAGUGAGGAUUUUCAACCUCAGGACUUCCACUUCCAUGAGAAAUCUCAAUCCUUCAGAUAUCGAGAAGAUGAUCUCUUUGAAAGGAAUGAUAAUUCGGAGUAGCUCAAUCAUUCCUGAGAUCAGAGAAGCUGUGUUUAGAUGCCUCGUGUGUGGUUACUUCUCCGAUCCCAUCAUCGUUGAUAGAGGGAAAAUAAGUGAGCCUCCUACUUGCUUGAAACAAGAAUGCCUCGCCAAGAACUCUAUGACACUAGUGCACAACCGAUGCAGGUUUGCUGAUAAGCAGAUUGUGAGGCUUCAGGAAACGCCUGAUGAGAUUCCAGAAGGAGGAACACCUCACACGGUUAGCUUGUUGCUGCAUGACAAGCUAGUUGAUAAUGGAAAGCCUGGUGACAGAAUUGAGGUCACUGGAAUUUACAGAGCAAUGACCGUCCGAGUAGGGCCUGCUCACAGGACUGUGAAAUCUGUAUUUAAGACCUACAUCGAUUGCCUUCACAUAAAGAAAGCAAGUAAGACAAGAAUGGCUGCUGAGGAUCCAAUGGAUGUUGACAAUAGUUUGCGUAGAGUCGAUGAAGAUGUUGAGUUAGAUGAGGAGAAGUUGAGGAAGUUCAAGGAACUCGCUAAACAACCAGAUAUAUAUGAGAAGCUUAGUAGAUCACUAGCACCAAACAUCUGGGAGUUGGAUGACGUUAAAAAGGGUCUUCUUUGCCAGCUUUUUGGAGGGAAUGCUUUGAACUUGGCAUCUGGUGCUAAUUUCCGUGGUGACAUCAACAUCUUACUUGUUGGUGACCCUGGUACAAGCAAGUCCCAGCUGCUCCAGUACAUUCAUAAGCUCUCACCUCGUGGCAUCUACACAAGUGGGCGAGGGAGCUCAGCUGUUGGUUUGACAGCUUAUGUAGCUAAAGAUCCUGAGACAGGAGAAACUGUCUUGGAAAGUGGAGCUCUUGUUCUGAGUGACAGAGGUAUCUGCUGUAUUGAUGAAUUUGACAAAAUGUCUGACAGUGCGAGGAGCAUGCUGCAUGAGGUUAUGGAACAACAAACUGUUUCCAUAGCAAAGGCUGGUAUCAUUGCAUCUCUUAAUGCCAGAACCUCUGUGUUGGCUUGUGCAAAUCCUAGUGGCUCACGAUAUAAUCCUCGGCUUUCUGUUAUUGAGAACAUUCACCUUCCUCCAACCUUGCUUUCUAGAUUCGAUUUGAUCUACUUGAUUCUUGACAAGCCCGAUGAGCAGACUGACCGAAGGCUUGCAAAGCAUAUUGUAGCCCUACACUUUGAGAACGCAGAGAGUGCACAGGAGGAAGCUUUGGAUAUUACUACACUAACAACAUAUGUUAGCUACGCUCGUAAGAACAUUCAUCCUAAACUAUCAGAUGAAGCUGCAGAGGAGUUGACCCGAGGUUACGUUGAGCUGAGAAAAGCAGGGAAAUUUGCCGGUAGUAGCAAAAAGGUCAUAACAGCGACUCCUAGGCAAAUUGAAAGCUUGAUCAGACUUAGCGAGGCCUUGGCUCGGAUGCGUUUCUCGGAAUGGGUUGAAAAACAUGACGUGGACGAGGCGUUUAGACUUCUCAGAGUUGCAAUGCAGCAAUCAGCAACCGAUCAUGCCACCGGGACUAUUGACAUGGAUCUGAUCAACACUGGAGUCUCAGCGAGUGAACGAAUGAGAAGAGAUAUCUUUGUGUCGUCAAUUCGAGACAUAUCUCUUGAGAAAUUGCAAAUCGGAGGUUCAUCAAUGCGCUUAUCCGAUUUACUUGAAGAACUGAAGAAGCACGGAGGCAACAUAAACACUGAAAUUCAUCUUCAUGAUGUACGGAAGGCUGUUGCAACGCUAGCCAGCGAGGGGUUUCUGGUUUCUGAAGGUGAUAGAAUCAAGAGAGUAUAA